ACUCUGUAGUGCGGAUUUGCCUCAAGAAGACCCUUUUUCUUGAGGCUGGCAAAUCAACAUUACAGACCCUCUUUCUAUAGCUGACGAAUUCCGUUUGCGGACUUGCCUCAAGACUCUUCUUGAGGCAAAGCCGCAUUACGUCCUCCACUUCUAGUGCGGAAAUUUUAAAUUUUUUUCUUGAUGCAAGUCCGCAAAUGAAAUUGCUCAGCACUACAGAUGGAAUCUGUAAUGCGGAUUUGUCUCAAGAACACUUCUUGAGGGAGAUCCGCGUGCUAGUGCUGAAGUCCUAAAGGGGGACUGCGGUCCUCUGGGGCGGUCCCUCUUGACGAGUCUACGUGGUCUUCUGGUGCCGGUAUUGUGAGGAAAAAUCCCCCCUCCCCAUAUCAAAACGAAGUUUCUGAUGCUGGAUUUGCGUACACAGAUCAGAUUUGUCUUGCUAGAGAGGACUGCAGGCUAUGCUGACCCUGAGUAGGGAGGUUUUGGGCUAGGCGCUGAGCAUGGCAAACGUCUAGUCUGUAGGGCCACCAGCAUCACAAACCGCCUGCAGAACGUGGCGGAGCCUGCGGGGUUGCGUUCUUGCAAGACAGAGACGAUUUGUGGUCACAAAUCAGCAUUACAAAUUUCUUGAGACGUACCUUUUCGAUAUGGGGAGGGGGGAUUUUUCCUUUUGAUAGCCGGCCGGUGGAAUUCCCGACCCGGCGGCCGUUGAAGGAAUUCCGCCCGGAAAAAGCCUACGACCUGUCGCUGAUCCCCGUCGAGAAGGCGCCGAGAGACCUGACGCAAGUGGUCGCCGUGGCAAAGGAAGGCGGUGCAUUAAAGAAGACCACAGAGCAGGGUGAAAAGAACAUGAACAACAGCCUGGGCCAAAAACAAGAUUCGUCUGUAGUUUCCACAGCCGACGCUUCCACGAUGGCGGACGAGCCGGUGCGGCAGCGGCUAUCCGAUUACGAGAAGCGGCUCUUUUACUUGGGGAAAACAGCCAAGGAGAAGGCGCUACUGAAAGCAGCUGCAAAAGGAGAGGACGAUGGAAGAACCUCCAAGCGGGACCACGGGGAUGAAGGAACAAAUGAGAAGAAAAAGCAGGCGAAUAGUAAACCUAGAAAUAUUUCGUGCUGUUGCUGCAACCUGAGCUGUUGCUGUUGCGCGAAGUCGUUUUGCGGGCUGAUUCUGCUGCUCUUUUUGGUGUUGUUAGUCGACGAGUUUCUGUUCUUUCUAUGCAUUGCAAAAGUAUCGUACUAGCACAAAUUGCAUUACAAAUUUUAUCAGAAAGAAAAAUGGAAUUUGUAAUGCUAGUUGAGGUCGUAAAAAGAUAGGUUUGUCAUGCAAGAUUGCAAUUAGUACGAGUGCGAUACUUUUGCACAGGAUACUUCCACGGCUACUACGAUGUGUGGUUCUACGGGGGAAAAAAAAAGUACGAUUACUACCAGAUCAAGCGGAUCAAAACCUACCCGUCGGGAUACCAGGAGGAAGAGCUGUACUACGUCCGCCGGGGCCGCCAGAACGGGGAGGAGGAAUACGCUCGGGCUGAGGACUUGGAAUACGACGCGCGGACGAGGGAUUACUACCACAAGACCAACUACAAUUUCGACUACGAUGAUCGCGGAGCAGGAGCUUCAGACUACUAUCAACGAGACCGCGCUUCAUCUUCUAGACAAGGACAGCACAACAUCAACUCGAGAUCAUCUACUGGUACUGCUUCCCCCGACGAUGUGAAGCGGCCGACCAAGGUGCAGGAGGCGAAACACGCCGCGGCCAGGCAAAAGCAACGUGAAGGGUCGCACGCAUUCGCGAAGGAAGUGGGGCGACAGGGGAGUGAGAUCGCAAGGGAAAGAGCAAGCACAACGGCGGCGGUUAUGGGGGACAAAAACCAAAAAAAUGAAAAUCCUGGUGCAGCUCCUGGGUUUGUGCAGAAGAAGCAGGAACAAGAACGCGAUGAUCAUGUCGGGCAGAAGCAAGAAAACGAAAUUUACCAGCAGACCACAACACCAACUUCGUCGUCCACGUCUUCUUCUCAGCGCGGGGACCACACUAGUAGUUCUGUUGACAGCAAAGUUUCGCCGCCACAUCCACCGCCCCCACAAGAACUUGCUCCGGGGAGAAAUGAUCAAGACGGAGCACCCGCAAAAAUGACUGCCUCAAGCGUGCAAGGAAGCAUUCCCAAAGAUCAGGAGCAGAAUCAUGAGGCGGGGAAAGUAUCGCAGCAGCAUCAAGUACAAGACCCGGAGGAGCAGCCGAUGAAGCAAGAAAAUGGACAACAUCAAGAAGAAAAAAAAUCGGAAAAUGAUGUCAAAACCACACCUUCUUCUUCUUCGAUUUCCAGUACAACCACGACCGUGGGUUCUUCUGUAAACAAGGAUCCGACGACGUCGUCCUCGACCUCGUCCAAGGGCAAAAGGCCCGGGACGUGGCUCGAAGGGAAGAGCAAGAUGUUUCGGGAUUCCGGCACCGACGAAGACGAAACCAGUGAGGACGACUUGGCGCUGUUCAAAGACGACGCUGACGCGUUUAAAACUACCGAAAAUUAUCCGCACCAGCAAGGAACAGUUACAGUUGGGAUCGACGUGCGUUUACUGGUGAGAUCAGUCUCUAUGUGCGAGACAAAUUUGCUAGAGCUUUUACUUUUUCUUGUCGUUCUAUUGUCACUGAGUUUGUUCUUUCAUUUACAAAUAAGUAUAUUCACAAGGAAGUAGAUUUCUGUUGAAAACGAUUCUCUAAAGGGGGACUGCGGUCCUCUGGGGCGGUCCGUCUUGACGAGUGUACGUGGUCUUCUGGUGCUGGUCUCCUGCAUGUUGAGCAGUCAACGGAACUACAAAGUAAAAUCGUCCCAGCCAAACUACCGGAGGGCUUCCGCAUCAAGUGUGCCGACCUGCGUGAAGAUGUUGAAGGCGGUAGUGAUAGAAUCAAGAACGAGAGGAGCUGCGAGGACACACCACUACAAGGAGUUGUGGAAAAUAUUAAGGGUAUUGACGGGAAAACUUCCAAGAUCUGUUUUUUUACGGGCGCCCACCUGCUGCCGUUUCAGGGAGAGAACGACACUUCUGCUUUCGAGGACAAGAACCACGGCGCCAUGGCGUUUCUGCAUUUGCUGGCAAAUUUUGUGAACGAUUGGAAGGCCUAUAAUAGCGUCGAGGAAAUGCGGACGGAUGUUUCGUGGAGGAAAAAGUACGACUUGGAGUAUGACCUCCUACAUCCAGUAAUUAUGUAAUUAAAAUUAUCGGAUUGUAAUGUAAACCCUAACCCACAAAUCUAAAUCAAUAAAGAAGACUGCACCCUAACCCACAAAUCUACUGACUGCAAGGACAGCAAACAACAGGAGUAGGACGCGGGAAAGUGUAUGAUUUAGAGUCGAACAAAUAUACAAAUAUCAUGAGCACUGAAGUGAUGGCUUGUGCGCUAGCAGUCCUGGCGCCUUAGCUGUGUACGCUUUUUUCUGCGCUGUGAUUUUACUCAGGCGCUGAGGAUGAAUACAGAUUUUUGGAGAUUCGGAGAAGACUUCAUCUCAAAGUAAGGUACAUAUCGUGAUCUUGCAGAGUGAGAGCUCCACCUCCACUCUGGGAUCUUUGAUACUCAAUCACUUCACUUCCACUUCACUUACACUUUAUCUUCAAGCAGAGGAUAGUACAGCUCGAGUUGAUUAUAUUUGAUCUACCGUGAGGUCUGAGUUUGACUCUGAUGUGCUAGAUCGGGGCGAGUCCGGGUCGAUCAAAAUUGGGAAGAUGAUCGACCUCGAAAAGUCGCCCACUUCCCCUGGAAGUAAGUAUCAAUAUCCCGAUAAGAUUGAUGACGCAAUAUCAUCCCGACCACUACAAAUAGGACUCCUAUUUUUAGCCGACACAAGGACUAGUACUUUCAGCAGAGGAUGAAGUGCUAGCAUUAGUCCCAGGAGUCAUCAGGAUCAUUCAGGAUUAUGUAUGAUUUCACAAGCAGGAUGGACACCAGGUUGCUCGCUCCUCACUUCCUCAAGAAGUUGAAAACG